AUGAAGCCUUUGAUGGGUUCAAUUGCUGAGCCAGUCCAAGAAAUAACAGUCAGCAAGCCCCCAGGAAUUCGAUUUGUGGAGUACAUAAAAAAAUCGGCUAUUUCUUACCGAACCUAUCAAGCCAUUGUCCUAAUAGUAACAUUUUUCGCGUACACAGCCUACCACGCUGCGCGAAAAACUACCAGCAUUGUGAAAAGUGCACUUGAUCCCCAAUCACCAGAUGUGAACUUGAAAUCACCCUUUUCUUGGAGGAGGGCUUAUGCACACAAGCCAUUAGAAAGCAGUAGAAAUUCAUGGGUGCUUGGAGCGGGUUGGGAACCAUUUACUGGUUCCGAUGGUACAUCGUUGCUCGGGGAACUUGAUGUGGGCUUCCUUUUUGUUUAUGCUAUUGGAAUGUUCUUCUCCGGGCACGCAGGUGAUCGGAUAGAUCUUAGACGAUUUCUGACUAUAGGAAUGGUGGGAACUGGUUUAUUCACUGCUCUAUUUGGAGUUGGAUAUUGGGCAAAUGUCCAUAUCUUCUAUUACUACUUAAUAGUCCAAAUUCUUGCUGGAUUGUUCCAAUCGACUGGUUGGCCUUCUGUGGUUGCAGUCGUAGGUAAUUGGUUUGGCAAGAAGAAGCGAGGACUUAUAAUGGGUAUUUGGAAUGCUCACACAUCGAUUGGGAACAUUACAGGGUCUAUGAUUGCUUCUGUUUUGUUGACAUAUGGAUGGGGUUGGUCAAUGGUUGUUCCUGGUCUAGGUAUAACUUUUGUCGGGAUAGUCGUAUUUCUUUUGUUGCCGGUGAGUCCUGAAUCCGUUGGAGCUGGUAUAGACGAUGAUGAUCUCCCCUUUCCGAAAAAACUAGGUGAAGAAGUCAAAGAACCUCUGUUGAAAUCAGAGGUCGAAGAGGAGUCAGCUGUUGGGUUUUUAGAAGCAUGGAGAAUUCCCGGGGUCGCUCCUUUUGCCCUCUGCCUUUUCUUUUCUAAGUUGGUGGCUUACACAUUCCUUUACUGGCUUCCUUUCUACAUUAGCCACACAGCUAUUGAGGGAAGGUAUGUGUCCAACGAGGAAUCUGGCACUUUAUCUACAUUGUUUGACGUUGGAGGAGUGGUUGGAGGGAUCCUGGCCGGCCACAUUUCUGAUCGGUUAGAUGCACGGGCCAUAACAGCCGCAAGUUUCAUGUACUGUGCAAUCCCGGCUCUGUAUUUCUACAGAAGCUACGGACACGUUUCCAUGACUGUGAAUAUCAUUCUCAUGUUGAUCACUGGCAUGUUUGUGAAUGGACCAUAUGCACUUAUAACAACUGCAGUUUCGGCUGACCUGGGAACACACAGCUCUUUAAGAGGAAAUUCCAGGGCCCUAGCCACAGUCACGGCUAUUAUAGAUGGGACAGGUUCCAUUGGGGCCGCCUUAGGUCCACUUAUAACGGGAUACAUUUCAGCCAAGAGCUGGAGUGCAGUAUUCACAAUGUUGAUGAUAUCAGCUCUAAUAGCUGGCUUGCUUCUAACGAGACUCGUUGUGGCCGAGGUGGCUGCAAAGAUUCACUCCAAUAGGUAUAGGCCUUCUACACUUGUAUGA